CCCUGCGACUUCUUGCUGCCGACAUGCGCUCCAUCAGGGUCGUUCCAGGAGUGCUGCUGCAGCCUCCUGUACUCCGAUGGAAGAGAGGGGCUGGACGCUGCCCUCCCUUGGGCAUUGGCAGAGCCGGCUCCUCGGCCUCGGCUCAGGGCAGAGAGGCUGUGAUGGUGAACGGGCGUCACCAGCAACACCAGCAGCUGACCGACCAGGAUGUGUCAGAGAAUGGGAUGCUGCCUCGCCUUAGCGACCUCCUUUUCUACACAGUAGCCGAGGGUCAGGAAUCUAUCUCCGUUCAUAAAUUCACCAGUGCCUUGCAAGGCACUGGCCUUUGGACCUCUGACCCACGCCUUCGAGACUGCAUGAAUCUUCUGCAAAAGGCAGCGCAGGAACCCAGCGCUGGAGGGUUGCUGAACCGGGAACUUUUCCGAAGGUGUGUGAGUAGCAACAUUGUACUGCUGACCCAGGCCUUCCGGAAGAAGUUUGUCAUCCCCGACUUCCAGGAGUUCACGUCUCACGUGGAGCAAAUUUUUGAAAGCACCAAAGGACUCCAGGAGGGCAAGGUGGCCAACUACAUCCCACAGCUAGCAAAGUGCAAUCCAGACCUCUGGGGCGUGUCUCUUUGCACCGUGGAUGGUCAACGGUAUUCCAUGGGCCACACCAAGACCCAAUUCUGCCUGCAAUCAUGUGUCAAGCCCCUUAAAUACGCCGUCGCCGUCAGUGAACUGGGCACUGACCGAGUACACCAGUAUGUCGGCAAAGAGCCCAGCGGGCUGCGUUACGACACGCUUUCUCUCAGUGAGGAAGGGAUUCCCCACAACCCUAUGGUGAAUGCAGGGGCCAUUGUCAUCAGCUCUCUCAUCAGGAUGGGCUGCAAGAAAGCUGAGAAGUUUGACUAUGUGUUGGAUUAUUUGAAGAAGAUGGCUGGAAACGAGUAUGUGGGAUUCAGCAAUACCACGUUUCAAUCGGAGAAAGAAACGGGAGACCGGAACUAUGCCAUUGGGUAUUAUCUUAAAGACAAAAAGUGCUUUCCACAGGGAGCGGACAUGACGGCAGCUCUCGACCUGUACUUCCAGCUGUGCUCUGUGGAAGUGACUUGUGAGUCCGGCAGUGUCAUGGCGGCCACACUGGCCAAUGGUGGCAUCUGCCCCAUCACGGGCGAGUGUGUGUUGAGCGAUGAAGCUGUACGCAACACCCUCAGCCUCAUGCACUCGUGUGGCAUGUAUGACUUCUCAGGGGAGUUUGCAUUCCAUGUUGGUCUACCUGCCAAAUCCGCCGUCUCUGGCGCCAUCUUGCUGGUGGUGCCCAACGUCAUGGGUGUGAUGUGUCUGUCGCCCCCUCUGGAUAAAGGUGGCAACAGCACGAGGGGGAUUGGGUUUUGCCAGGAACUGGUCUCGCUCUUCAACUUCCACAACUAUGACAACUUGCUGCACUGCACCCGCAAGAUGGACCCACGCCGCGAAGGAAUCGAAGUUAGAGUAAUGACAGAAACGAACAAGACUGUGGUGAACCUGCUGUUUGCUGCCUACAGUGGCGACAUCUCUGCUCUUCGGAGAUUUGCCCUGUCAGCCAUGGACAUGGAACAGAAAGACUACGACUCCCGCACAGCUCUUCACGUAGCUGCAGCUGAAGGUCACCUGGAGGUUGUGAAGUUUCUGGUGGAAGCCUGCAGAGUAAAUCCAUUUGUCAAAGACAGGUGGGGGAACAUUGCCUUGGAUGAUGCUACCCAGUUUAAUCACUUGGAAGUGGUGAAGCUACUCAAAGAUUACCAAGACACCUACAUAUUGGGAGCCAGCCAGGCCCGGGAAGCAGCUGAGGACCUUUCCAAGGAGAACUUAGAAAGCAUGGUGUGAAAAUUGAGAGCUAUUAUGUUAGCUGCGUUUCAACACAAAUUUAACUAGGUCACUUGCUCUCAUUUCCGAAAGGAGGCAGACACACCAGUAGACUUACUUCUGCUUAGGAUUUGAGCUGAGAUGUGGGUGGGUGGGUCCAUCCUAAAGGCUCUUCCUGAAGUUUCAUGCAGUCAGUCUCCCAAUUCUUGGGUUAUAGGAAACACCUACACCAGUUAGUUCCAUGCACAAGCUCAAUACUUGGUGGCACAGCAGUAAACUUGGUAAGAGUCCACAGAAACUGAGCUAGCAUCUACUGGAGGGAGACACCAAAGUGGGACCUUGUCUUAAGAGCUAACACUUCACGCUGCCUGUAGAUCUAAGCAGACAUGGCUACAUAGGCAAAAGGCAUUUAAGGGCCAAAGUAGGCCUGCCCCUUUGCCCUACACUGUUAUCCCCAUUAAGUACUAUGACUUUCUGUUGCUCCCUUCUUUCAAAUAAUUAGGAACCUCAGCAUGCAGUCCUAGUAUUUGUGUAACUGGGAUGGGGGAAGCUUUCAGGCUGCGACUGCAGAGUUUUAUCUUUUUUAACAUCGCCGUUUGGAUAUGCAAUUUGUUAGGGUGGUUUGCAAAACAAAAAACACCAGCUUUGAAGACCAGAAAGGGGCAAAGUGCACACCCACAUCGAGCAGUGCCUGCCUGCAAUGCUGGAGAUAAGACAAUCUCUCUGGGCCUUAGUUUUCUAGACAAACUAAACAUUGCCCUAACUUUCUAGACAAGUCCAAGGAUAAAAGUGGCAAGAUCACGAGGUGUGGAAUGAUGUGGUAAUACGGGUAGACAGAGUUACAACCCUAAGCAUAUUUGUUAAGUCCCAACUGAAUUUGCAUGAGUUGAACAAGUGCAUUUAGAAUAAAGAGAGGAGUUCAGAGGAGACAUUGCAUCUGGCUCCCAAAUGGUAGUCUUUUCUUCACAGAGCCUAUCUCCUUUCAGUAGCAAUUCUAGACUGAAGGGUGUUUGUUUGUUUGUAAGCUUUUCUUAAACCAUGGGAUGUUUUCAGGAAAAAGCACUGGUCAGUCCAAAGCAGCUUAGGAGAGCACCAACAGAAAAUACAAUGUUUCAGAUAAAUUUAUUUUUAUUGAUUGUGAUAACUACACAACAGCCAACACACAUAGUUAACAGAAUGCUGCUCUUCCUUGAUUAAAAAAAAAGCUCCUUGUUGUCUUCAAGUUGUGUUCAAUAAAAUAAAGCAUACCUCUG